GGGCGCUUUUGUGUGAAGUCUAUCGCCACGCUGAGGUGUUCUCUUCAAGUUUCGUCGGCGUUUUUCGUGCGGCUUCAAUUCUCCCCGGGCACGUGGAUGAUGUAGGGAGUCCGCUCUCUGCGUGACGUUAACUGCAGGGUAAACAAUCUCGCGCGAGUCACCGGAGCACGUACGGCACUGGUUAUCUCUCCCCGCAGAAAUUACUGAGCGGCGACCGAGAAACGCGUGGGACCCGGUCGAGGAACGAUGUUCAAUCAGAGCAACGCGCUGAGGACGGGCACGUCCAACGCGUCGAAUCCGAUGCAGGACUUCGAGGUUGUCUCGCCGCCCGACGACUCCAUCUCCAGCCUGGCGUUCAGCCCGGCGUCCAUACCGCAGAAUUUCUUAGUGGCCGGCUCCUGGGACAGCAACGUUCGCUGCUGGGAGGUGGAGCAGUCCGGCAAGACGGUGCCCAAAUCCAUGCAGAGUAUGACAGCGCCGGUCCUGGACGUGUGCUGGAGCGACGAUGGGACCAAAGUGUUUAUGGCGGGCUGCGACAAGACGGCAAAGUGCUGGGACCUGGCUACAAAUCAGAGCGUACAAGUGGCAGCGCACGACGCGCCGAUCAAAACCUGCCACUGGAUUAAGGCGUCCACGUAUUCUUGCCUCAUGACUGGCUCCUGGGAUAAAACGCUAAGGUUUUGGGAUCUGCGCAGUCCCAAGCCAGCAAUGACUAUCAAUCUGCCUGAAAGAUGCUAUUGCGCCGAUGUUGAUUAUCCCAUGGCGGUUGUGGGGACAGCCGGACGCGGCUUGAUAGUCUACCAACUGGAGGGCAGCCCGCGCGAGUACAAGCCCGUCGAGCUGAGCCUAAAGUAUCAGUAUCGUUGCGUGGCGAUUUUCAGGGAUAAGAAGAAAGUGCCGACCGGUUUUGCGAUCGGCAGCACGGAGGGACGCGUUGCGAUUCAUCAUCUGAAUCUCAGCACGAAGGAGAACUUUACGUUCAAGUGCCACAGGACCAACGGCACGCCUAACGGAUACCAAGAUAUCUACGCGGUGAACGAUAUAGCAUUCCAUCCAGUACAUGGCACCGUGGUGACCGUGGGCGGCGAUGGUACCUUCGGUUUUUGGGACAAGGACGCACGCACCAAGCUCAAGUCCUCCGAAACGAUGGAGCAGCCCAUCACGCGUUGCUGUUUCAAUCACAAUGGGCAGAUAUUCGCGUACGCCGUCUCUUACGACUGGUCCAAGGGUCACGAGUACUACAAUCCGGCGAAGAAAAAUCAGAUCUUCCUGAGACCGUGUUACGAUGAACUGAAACCGAAGGCUACACCCUAAGCUAAGGAAACAACGCUGGGACGUCGCUAGUGGAUCAACUUGCGAAUCCUCAGAUGUAAUUACGAAGAGAGUUCGCGUACUUUCGGUCGACGAAAAACCAUGCUAGCGACACUUUUUUUUACUUAAAACUGUUGAUAUGUGUGUAUAUUCAAAUACAGUUAAAACAUAACUAUCGACUUUUUGUAUGUACAAAUUAUAACUUGUAGGAUUAGUACUGCGAGGCAUGUUUCCGGUAAUUUUAUUCGCGUGUGAUUAAUAUUUAUCUCUUCACGUGAGUCCGCAACAUUGAAUUCCGAGAUAUUGACAGGUGAUUGACUGCCGCGAUUACUCGCAAAAUGAGCUAAUAUUCAAAUAAAAGGAUCAUUUCUACUAAAUAUAUAUUUUUUGAUGAAAUUGCACGUA